CGCCCAGCUACGCGCCCUACAAACCGGGUAUAACGCGCCCGAUGAACGCGCCCCUAAAAGCGCCCACAACUAGCGCCCUACAUAUACGCAGAAUGUCAAACAACACCAAUGCAUAAAAAGUCGAGAAAUUUAAACUUAAGAUUGUCCAUAAAACUUAACCAAAAAGGACAUAUCACAAUAGAGGCAUCAUUCGGCCUCGGAAGUAGCAUCCGCAGUCUGGGGCGCCUGCUCUUGGGGAUGGGGAGGCGCCUGGUCUUCAGGAGAGGGAGGCGUGUCUGCUGCUGGUGUCGUGGGUGCCCUACCUUCCUCCUCAGCGACCAUCAUGUCUUAAAUCACAAACUCGACCAUCUCCGACACAUCCCAAACCUGGUCUGGAUGGUCUUGGUCGAGCUUCUUCUUCAAGAUGCCCAGGAUGGUGAGGCAGGUGUUUGCAAACAAGUUUUUGCCGGCCUCAGACUCAUCGAAUGUAUCAAGAGAAGUCUUCAGACCCGCAAUCUACUUGCGGGCUGCUUUCAACGCCUUCCUGCUCUCCCGUUGGCCGUCCCGAAUCCUACCCUUCUCCUCGUUGAGAAGGUCUAUCUCCCUGGCUUGGGCGCCCACCUCCUUCGACAACUCCUCCUUCUUGGCCUCGAGGUUGGCCACCUUCUCCAGCAAACCCCUCUGCUCCUCUUUGAACUUCGCCUCGCAUUUGCGGCGCUACUUCUCCAAGGCGCCCUGCUGCCGCGACAGCUCCAUGGCCGCUUUCAGCUGGGCGUCUUCACACUCUUGCACCAGCUGCUCGCGGCGCUUGGACGCCGUCUCCAAGUCCUACUUCAGAGCGGACGCCGAACUCGAGGCUGCCAACGCCUCCUCCUUCGACUCUAACAACCGUCGGGCGCCUCUCUCCGCGAAAAGGAGGAUUUGUGCCAGCAACACCAAGGAGUCAGACACAUAAAAAGACUACAUAAAAAGAAUGCAAGGCA